ACAUUUGGAUAUGGCGAUCAAGAUUUUCGUUCGGGCGACGCUAACUGUCUCCGUUGCCAGCGCCAUUUCAGUUGACAUUCAGACGGGGGCUUUGUGGACGAUGAGUGAUCUGCCGCGUGCGGUGUUGAAAUCAAGUGACAAUGAGGCUUCUGGUUGUGGCAAGCAGUUCCCUGGCUACUACGAGUUCCCGGGCCUCAAAUGGGCAGAAUCUUGGAAGAGCAUCGAGACCUGGAACACCACCGCGUGCGCUCGGUCUUGCGACGAGAACAGUCACUGCAUCGCUUUCACAGCACAUAAGCCCAGACAUGGCAGGACGUUCUGCUCUUUUCAUAGGGGCCUCCAAAUGGAGCCGGAUCACAGAGCCAUGUCCUACAUGAGGUGCGUGCAGGGUUUCGAUUGCGAGGACGGGUUCCAGUUCACACAUGCGGGAACUUGGAAGGGCGGCAUCCCGAUGGAAAACCUAGAGAUGGAGAGCAAGGCGGAAUGCCGUUUGGCGUGCAACGACAACAGGGGUUGCGUCGGCUUCACCCAUCGCAUCACCAAAGAGGGAGACUCGUUCUGCACCCACUUUGAGAGCGAGGACAACAAGCGGGGUCCUUCGCGCGACAUGCGCUCCAGCACGUACUCCAAGUGUGCCCAGUUCCAGGCCCCAGCCCCGGUGGACGAGCCCAGCCAGCCGACGGACGAGGCGCCCGAGGACCCCGCCCCGGACCAGAGGGUCGAGCAGGUGGAGGCCCAGGCCCCUGCGGCCGAGGACUCGGCGUGA